ACCUGUCACCAUAAACCAUUACUCCAAGCUCCUACGUUUUCCCUAACUCCUUCUCCCUCUCUCUUCACUCACUAGCUAGUAGUACAUUAUAUUCUUUGGCUAUAAACUUCAUCUUACUCUAAUUAUUCUGCUAAGUUAUGUAGUUGAUAUUCUUUCUAAUUAUUAUGCACUAUUUCCACCUCUAGCUAGAAUACCACCAACAGAAGCACCUGAACCAUUGGCUUCCCUGGAACUAAGACCAGGGCGGGUAUGUGCUGAUGACCCGGCUCCGGAAUUUGCAGAAUCGAACGAGGAGGAAGACUAAGGAGAAGAUGAUGAUGAAGGUGUGGAGCAAAUUGCCAUCGCACGAAGAGAAGAAGAAGAAUAGAAAAUUCACUAGAACAUGGGAAAGGGCAAAGCUGGCUGCUACAUUGGAUCAUGUUGGUAGCUACAUUGGAUCAUGUUGGCAGCUACAUUGGAUAGCCAUUCAAUGCCUUGUGUCUCCCCAACGCAACGUUUCAUACUCGUUACUUUUCGUAUUAGGUGCUGAGCGUUGCAAUGAAGCCGUACAGAAGCUUGGGAAAAAGUACGAUAUUGUUGUGAACAUUCAAGGGGAUGAACCACUUAUUGAACCUGAAAUAAUAGAUGGUAUUGUCAAAGCUUUGCAGAGAACAUGGGAAAGGGCAAAGCUGGCAGCUACAUUGGAUCAUGUUGUUGUGGCAACUGAUGAUGAAAGGAUUGCUGACUGCUGUCGACAAUUCGGGGCUGAUGUCAUAAUGACAGCAGAAUCUUGCCGAAAUGGUGCUGAGCGUUGCAAUGAAGCUGUACAGAAGCUUAGGAAAAAGUAUGAUAUUGUGGUGAACAUUCAAGGGGAUGAACCACUUAUUGAACCUGAAAUAAUAGAUGGUAUAGUCCAAGCUUUGCAGGCAGCUCCAGAUGCAGUUUUCAGCACUGCAGUCACGUCUUUAAAGCCCGAAGAUGCAAAUGAUCCAAACAGGGUGAAAUGCGUGGUCGACAAUCGUGGCUAUGCGAUCUAUUUUUCACGAGGGUUAAUCCCAUUCAACAAGUCUGGGAAGGUCAAUCAACAAUUCCCUUAUUUGCUUCAUCUUGGGAUUCAGAGCUAUGAUGCAAAGUUUCUAAAGAUUUACUCAGACCUUCAACCUACCCCAUUGCAACUCGAGGAGGACUUGGAGCAGCUUAAGGUCCUUGAGAACGGCUAUAAGAUGAAGGUAAUAAAAGUUGACCACGAUGCCCAUGGUGUUGACACUCCUGAAGAUGUUGAAAAGCUAGAAUCUCUAAUGCGCGAGAGGAACUUGUCUUGAACACUUUGUUGGAGCAAUGAAAGCACCUGUGUAUUAUUAACCAUUACCACAAGACAUCACAGAUAGAUAGGGUUUAUAUUCCCUUUUUUUUCUUUUUAAAUUACUGUUCUAGUUGCUUUCAACAUAGAAACUAGUUGUCAUGUAUUUUUUCAUUAAAAAAACACCAGAUUUAUUUGAUAUAAUAAGAGGAUCCAUAUUUGACACGAA